ACACGCUCUGCAAUUACUCCUCGCUGCCACAUUUUUCUUCAUCUUCUCCCUCUUCCUCCCUUUCCUCAUCUUCCUCCAUUUUUUCUGCUCUAAAAACCUCUUUCUCUUCCUCUCUCUCUCUCUCUCUCUAUCUCAUUAAUCUCAUCCUUCACCUUCUUCUCUCCCCACCUCAUACCAAAUCCACUUCUACUAUACAAAAGCUCUUACCAAAACCACUUUUCUAGCCCCAAAACAGAUCUGACCCUUGUCUUUCUAGGGCUUUUUGUUUUUCAAGUGAUAGGGCUGAAGAGAGAAAGGAAACAUCGUGUGUGAGAGAGGGAGAGAUAUAGAAAGUGAGGAGGCAGAGUUGGAUUCUCCGAGAUCUUCGUGGGCGUUAUGUAUUUUUUAUUUGGUUUUGUCUGAUUUUAGUCUUCUGUCAAAAGCCGUAUCAAAUUUGUCAACCCUAUGUUUCUUCGUGGUAUAUUCUCUCCUCUUUUCACGUAGGAGAUAGGUAGUUUUUCAGACCAUUUUCCAAGACCCCCAAAAAAAAAAAGAAAAAAGAAACCCCCCCUUAAGAAGUCAGCUUUGCCCUGUUGUCAUCAACUUGUCAAAAUUACGUUUGCAGAAAGUCUCCUUUUUUUUUUUUUUUUUCUUCACGUAGGAAAUAUAUAUUGUCUGGGGUUUGUGGGUAGUGAAGUAUGCCUGCGGGGAUUAUGAUUCCGGCGAGAAACAUGCCGUCGAUGAUCGGAAGGAAUGGGACGGUUGGCGGGUUUGGAUCGUCCUCUGGGCUUACUCUUGGUCAGCCUAACAUGAUGGAAGGUCAGCUCCACCAACUAGACAUGACUCAAAACACAUCCGAAAGUGAUAUUCCCCGAAUCCGUGAUGAUGAUUUCGACAGCGCUACCAAAUCCGGCAGCGAAAACCACGACGGUGCCUCUGGCGACGAGCAAGAUCCACGACCGAACAAAAAAAAGCGCUACCAUCGUCACACCCAGCACCAGAUCCAAGAAAUGGAAGCUUUCUUCAAGGAGUGUCCACACCCAGAUGACAAGCAAAGGAAAGAACUCAGCCGUGAAUUAGGGUUAGAGCCCCUGCAAGUCAAAUUUUGGUUCCAAAACAAGCGCACCCAAAUGAAGACCCAGCAUGAGCGCCAUGAAAACACACAGCUUAGGUCGGAGAAUGAAAAGCUUCGGGCUGAUAACAUGAGGUACAGAGACGCUCUUAGCAAUGCCUCAUGCCCUAAUUGUGGAGGACCAACUGCAAUAGGAGAGAUGUCCUUUGAUGAACAUCAUUUGAGACUCGAAAAUGCACGAUUAAGAGAAGAGAUUGAUAGGAUUUCAGCAAUUGCUGCUAAGUAUGUUGGGAAGCCAGUGGUGAACUACCCUCUUCUUUCUCCACCUGUUCCUCCCCGGCCACUAGAACUUGGAGUUGGGAAUUUCAAUGGGCAGCCAGGCAUUGGAGGAGAGAUUUAUGGUGCUGGAGACCUUCUUCGGACAAUAAGUGGACCAACUGAAGCAGAUAAACCUAUGAUAAUUGAGCUUGCAGUUGCAGCUAUGGAGGAACUCAUCAGAAUGGCACAAAUGGGAGAACCCUUAUGGAUUACAAACCAUGAUGGCUCCUCCAUACUAAACGAAGAUGAAUAUAUUCGAACAUUUCCUCGAGGGAUUGGACCGAGACCCACCGGCUUCAAAUGUGAAGCUUCACGGGAAACUGCUGUUGUUAUCAUGAACCACAUCAACCUUGUGGAGAUUCUAAUGGAUGCGAAUCAGCUGUCUACAGUGUUUUCUGGGAUUGUCUCAAGAGCUUUGACAUUGGAAGUACUAUCGACAGGAGUAGCAGGAAAUUAUAAUGGAGCAUUGCAAGUGAUGACUGCAGAAUUCCAAGUUCCCUCCCCACUUGUUCCAACUCGUGAGAGCUAUUAUGUAAGAUACUGUAAACAGCAUGCCGAUGGGACUUGGGCUGUGGUUGAUGUUUCCUUGGACAAUUUGCGCCCUAGUCCUGCAGUGAGGUGCCGAAGAAGGCCCUCCGGCUGCUUAAUCCAAGAAAUGCCCAACGGCUACUCAAAGGUGACAUGGGUUGAGAACGUAGAAGUUGAUGAUAGAGGUGUUCACAAUCUGUACAAGCAGCUUGUUAGCUCAGGCCAUGGAUUUGGUGCAAAACGUUGGGUGGCUACCCUAGACAGACAAUGUGAACGCCUUGCAAGCGCCAUGGCCACAAACAUUCCAACCGGUGAUGUUGGAGUGAUAACAAAUCAAGAAGGAAGAAAGAGUAUGCUGAAGCUGGCUGAGAGAAUGGUGAUAAGCUUUUGUGCCGGAGUGAGUGCCUCUACAACACACACAUGGACGACACUUUCUGGAACUGGGGCAGAUGAUGUGAGGGUCAUGACCCGAAAGAGCAUAGAUGAUCCAGGCAGACCACCUGGAAUUGUGCUAAGUGCCGCUACUUCCUUCUGGCUUCCAGUUUCACCAAAGAGAGUUUUUGAUUUUCUGCGUGACGAGAACUCUCGAAGCGAGUGGGACAUUCUCUCAAAUGGUGGAGUUGUUCAAGAAAUGGCACAUAUUGCUAAUGGUCGCGAUACAGGAAACUGCGUGUCUCUUCUUCGAGUGAAUAGUGCGAAUUCAAGCCAGAGCAACAUGUUGAUAUUACAAGAGAGUUGCACAGACCCAACAGCCUCUUUCGUGAUUUAUGCUCCUGUUGACAUUGUUGCAAUGAAUCUUGUACUAAAUGGUGGGGAUCCAGACUAUGUUGCCCUUCUUCCCUCUGGAUUUGCCAUUCUCCCUGAUGGAACCACAACGCAUGGAGGAGGCAUUGGGGAAGCUGGCUCUGGCGGAUCUCUCCUCACUGUUGCUUUCCAGAUUUUGGUUGAUUCAGUUCCCACAGCUAAACUUUCUCUUGGCUCUGUUGCAACUGUUAACAAUCUUAUUGCUUGCACCGUCGAGAGGAUUAAGGCUUCUUUGUCAUGCGAGAACGCAUGAUGACAUCUUCUGCAAACCUUAAAUUGUAGUAAUUAACAGGAGGAGGAAAAGGAAAGGAAAUUAAGAGAAACAAAGGUGGUGAGGAAUUUCUGCUUAUACAAGAUGGGAAGAAGUCAAGAGCGCACCUUACAUGAUCCUUUCUUAAUUAAGUUUGCAAGGAUUAGGGGUUCGGGUAUUGACUUCCUCAAACAAUUUAAAAAGCAAAAAAAGCUUGCAACAACUCCCUUUCACUUUUCGUAACUUAGGGUUAGGGUUAGGGUUUUGUAUGAGUGAAGCAUAUAUAGUGCUUCAUUUGUGUCUUCUGUCAUUUUCCUUAAUUCUAUGUUUUCUGUUUGUGUUUUUGA